CGACGGCUCGGCUGGGACCGGCUGGGAGCGCUGGGAGCGCUUGGGAGCGGCUCGGCUCGGCCCGACUCGGCCCCGGCCCUGCGCGGGAGGGCGGGAGGAAGGGGCGCGCUCCCCCCGAGCGGCGGCCCCGGGCCGCAGCCCCCCGUUGCGGUCGGAGAGGCGUGCAGCACCGGGCCCUGCGAUGCCGUUUGGCUGCGUGACGCUGGGAGACAAGAAAGAUUAUAACCAGCCGUCCGAGGUGACUGACAGAUAUGACCUGGGCCAGGUCAUCAAAACGGAAGAGUUCUGUGAAAUCUUCCGGGCUAAGGAGAAGACGACAGGGAAGCUCUACACCUGCAAGAAGUUUCUGAAGCGGGACGGGCGGAAAGUGCGGAAGGCGGCCAAAAACGAGAUCAUCAUCCUCAAAAUGGUAAAGCACCCCAACAUCCUACAGCUAGUGGACGUCUACAUCACCCGCAAGGAGUAUUUCAUCUUCCUGGAGCUGGCCACUGGCCGGGAGGUCUUUGACUGGAUCCUGGAUCAGGGCUACUACUCCGAGAAGGACACCAGCAAUGUCAUCCGGCAGGUGCUGGAGGCUGUUGCCUACCUGCACUCGCUCAAGAUCGUCCACAGGAACCUCAAGCUGGAGAACCUGGUGUACUAUAACCGCCUGAAGAACUCCAAGAUUGUCAUCAGCGACUUCCACCUGGCCAAGCUGGAGAACGGGCUCAUCAAAGAACCCUGUGGCACCCCUGAGUACCUGGCUCCGGAGGUGGUGGGGCGGCAGCGGUACGGGCGGCCGGUGGACUGCUGGGCCAUUGGCGUCAUCAUGUACAUCCUCCUCUCUGGGAACCCCCCUUUCUACGAGGAGGCAGACGAGGAUGACUACGAGAACCACGACAAGAACCUCUUCCGCAAAAUCCUGGCUGGAGACUACGAGUUCGACCCGCCUUACUGGGAUGACAUCUCGCAGGCAGCCAAGGAGCUGGUGACGCGCCUGAUGGAGGUGGAGCAGGACCAGCGGAUCACAGCGGAGGAGGCCAUCUCCCACGAGUGGAUCUCUGGGAAUGCCGCCUCCGACAAGAACAUCAAGGAUGGAGUCUGUGCUCAGAUUGAGAAGAACUUUGCCCGGGCCAAGUGGAAGAAAGCCGUGCGAGUGACCACGCUCAUGAAACGCCUGCGGGCGCCCGAGCAGACGGAGACGGCGACGGCCGCGGCACCGGCAGCGGCCUCGGCAGCAGCCCCGGCCGCCACCCCGGCCCCUGCCGCCACCGCCGCCACCAGCCCGGCCCCCGCCGCCGCCGCCACGGACCCUGCCGCCGCUGCCGCGGAGCCCACGACCCCGGCCCCCGCCGCUGCCACUGAGCCCACGACCCCGGCCCCCGCCACUGCCACGGCUCCGGUCUCGGCCCUCACCACGGAGCCCGCAGCCCCCGCCGCCGCCACGGAGCCCGCGGCCCCUGCAGCCCCCGGCACGCCGCCCGCAGCCGCGCAGCCCCCGGCCCCCGGCACGCCGCCCCCCGCCACGAGUAACGGGGCCGGGGCGGCCGCCGAGCCCUGCAGCGAGCAGAGCGGCUGAGCGGACCCCGCGCCCCCUGUACAUAGCCCCGGCAUGGCCCCCCUGCCCCCGCCUGCGCCCCCUUUUCUACGCGCCCCGCCGGCGAUUCGGCCGCGGGGCAGAGCCCUGCAUGGCGCCCGUCCCCCCGUGUCCCCUCCCGCUCUCUCAGUCUGUCCCCCGCCGCCGUCCCCUCCCCCGGGGAUGCCCAGAGAAGCGAGGCAGAUCCCCCCGGCCGCACGCCCCGCACGGGGGCAUCGCGGGGCCCCUCUGGACACGCGUGCACGUGCGGGGCCGCGCGGGACGGGGAGAGGGCCGUCCCAGAGACCCCCUCUCCGUCCUGGGACCCCCGGGGGGGGUCACGGGGACUCCCCGCACGGUCCCCCGUGCGUCGUGCCUGACGGACUCCCGGUGACCCCCCCGCGCCUCCUCCCCGGUUCCCGCUUUCCCCCCCCGCAGCUGCAUGCCUGCAGGGCCGGCUCUGCCCGCGGCUGCCGCCCCGCGCCCCCCCCGCUGUAUCUCUGGCAAAUAAAGACCCC